CGGCGGGGCCGGGUGGGCCGCAGCCGCCAGGGUGCGCGCGGCGGGCGGGGGUAGAGCCGGAGCCCCAGCCCCAGCGGAGCCCGCAGGCGGAGGUGGCACUCGCGCUGAGAGGCUGCUCGUUGCUCUCGAUUCUCUGUGGAGGGCCCUAGAAAGAGUGUACAAUGAAUGGUGAUACUCGAGCYGCAGUGGUGACCUCACCACCCCCAACCACAGCUCCCCACAAGGAAAGGUACUUCGAUAGAGUGGAUGAGAACAAUCCAGAAUACUUGCGGGAGAGGAACAUGGCACCAGAUCUUCGCCAGGACUUCAAUAUGAUGGAACAGAAGAAGAGGGUGUCCAUGAUUCUGCAAAGCCCUGCUUUCUGUGAAGAGUUGGAGUCAAUGAUACAAGAACAAUUUAAAAAGGGGAAGAACCCCACAGGCCUAUUGGCAUUGCAGCAGAUUGCAGAUUUCAUGACCACCAAUGUACCAAAUGUCUAUCCAGCAGCUCCACAAGGAGGGAUGGCCGCCUUAAACAUGAGUCUUGGUAUGGUGACUCCUGUGAAUGACCUCAGAGGCUCGGACUCCAUUGCUUAUGACAAAGGGGAGAAACUGCUGCGAUGUAAACUGGCAGCGUUUUACAGGCUGGCAGAUCUCUUUGGGUGGUCCCAGCUCAUCUACAAUCACAUCACGACCAGAGUGAACUCGGAGCAGGAGCACUUCCUCAUUGUACCUUUUGGACUUCUUUACAGUGAAGUGACUGCAUCCAGCCUGGUUAAGAUAAAUCUACAAGGAGAUAUUGUGGAUCGUGGAAGUACUAACCUAGGAGUGAACCAAGCUGGCUUCACAUUGCAUUCUGCAAUCUAUGCUGCACGGCCAGAUGUUAAGUGUGUUGUGCACAUUCACACCCCAGCAGGAGCUGCGGUCUCUGCCAUGAAGUGCGGCCUCUUGCCCAUCUCCCCAGAAGCACUUUCCCUUGGAGAAGUGGCUUAUCAUGACUAUCAUGGCAUUCUGGUUGAUGAAGAGGAAAAGRUUUUGAUUCAGAAAAAUCUGGGGCCCAGAAGUAAGGUUCUCAUUCUCCGGAAUCACGGGCUCGUGUCAGUGGGAGAGAGCGUGGAGGAGGCUUUCUAUUACAUCCAUAACCUCGUGGUUGCCUGUGAAAUCCAGGUUCGGACGCUGGCCAGUGCAGGAGGGCCAGACAACUUAGUACUGCUGGAUCCCGGGAAGUACAAGGCCAAAUCCCGUGCUCCAGGGUCUCCGGCGGGGGAAGGCACUACAUCACCUCCCAAGUGGCAGAUUGGGGAGCAGGAAUUUGAAGCCCUCAUGCGGAUGCUUGAUAAUCUGGGCUACAGGACUGGCUAUCCCUAUCGAUACCCUGCUCUAAGAGAGAAAUCUAAAAAAUACAGCGAUGUGGAGGUUCCUGCUAGUGUCACUGGUUACUCCUUUGCUAGUGACGGUGAUUCGGGCACUUGCUCCCCUCUCAGACACAGUUUUCAGAAGCAGCAGCGAGAGAAGACAAGAUGGCUGAACUCUGGCCGGGGUGACGAAGCUUCUGAGGAAGGGCAGAAUGGAAGCAGUCCCAAGUCGAAGACUAAGGUGUGGACGAACAUUACACACGAUCACGUGAAACCCUUGCUGCAGUCUCUCUCGUCCGGUGUCUGCGUGCCAAGCUGUAUUACCAACUGCUUGUGGACUAAAGAGGAUGGACCUAGAACUUCCACCUCUGCUGUCCCUAACCUGUUUGUCCCAUUGAACACUAACCCAAAAGAGGUCCAGGAGAUGAGGAACAAGAUCCGAGAGCAGAACUUGCAGGACAUUAAAACUGCUGGCCCUCAGUCCCAGGUUUUGUGUGGUGUGGUGAUGGACAGAAGCCUCGUCCAGGACGCACCCCUCUCUGACUGUACGGAGACUAUCGAAGGGCUCGAGCUUACAGAGCAGACCUUUAGCCCUGCUAAAUCUCUCUAUUUUAGAAAGGGGGAGCUGGUGACGGCCUCCAAGGCCAUCAUUGAGAAGGAGUACCAGCCCCACGUCAUCGUGAGCACCACAGGCCCCAACCCCUUCAACACACUCACAGACCGCGAGCUGGAGGAGUACCGCAGGGAGGUGGAGCGGAAGCAGAAGGGCUCUGAAGACAAUCUGGAUGAGGCGAGAGAGCAGAAGGAAGAGAGCCUUCCAGACCAGUCGGUUGUGCCCCACACUCCCCCCAGCACCCCUGUCAAGCUUGAAGAAGACCUCCUGCAGGAGCCGGCUCCCGGAGACGACAGCGAUGCUGCCACCUUCAAGCCGAUGCUACCUGACCUGUCCCCCGACGAGCCUUCAGAAGCACUUGGCUUCUCGACUCUAGAGGAGGAGGAGGAAGCCCAGGGUCCCCCAAGCCCUACCCCAGACCCCGCUGCUGACCCUGAGCCAGCCUCAGCCCCAGUAGCUGAGGAGACAGCACCCCCAGCUGCCGAGGAGGGGUCUGCUGUGGAUCCCGGCAGCGACGGGUCUCCAGGCAAGUCCCCGUCUAAGAAGAAGAAGAAGUUCCGCACUCCUUCCUUCCUGAAGAAGAGCAAGAAGAGGGGUGACUCCUGAAGGCCCGGCCUGCACUGUCCUGUCUGAAGCAGCCCUGAAUCUGCCAGAGUCCCUGGUUAUGUCUGUGUUCUGUCCUCUUGUGUAAUGGAAUGCGAAAAGCCAAGCCCUCUACCUAGCUAGGCCCCUCCCGCCUGUGCCCAGCCCCAUGCAGACAGGUGCUGACCACCCACGUGUGCACUCUGCCCCCCGCCCCCCCCGCCUCAGGUUCUGGGGGAGAUGGGCCUCUAAGUCAUGGUCCUGGCUGGAAGGCACCAGAGGCUUCUACCAGCUCUGGCACUGUCCCCCUGGACCUUGACCACUUCAUCCUUCCUGUUGUGAAAUAACUCUCUGCUCGGCUUCCUCUUCACCCUAAGGUGUCUCAGGUGACUGAAUCCGACUUGUGGUUUUUGCUGGCGUCACCUGCUCAGUGACCUCCCUCUUUCCUGCACACAGCCUUGGUGCUGUGCAGCACUCCUGUGCCCACCCCGUGGCCCCAGGGCUGCCUUGAAGAGGUGGGUUUGGGCAGGAUGCUGGGCCUGCACAUGCCCAGUGCUAUGCUCYCUAUGGGCUGAUGGACAGCCCCCACCACAAGCAGAUUCACAGGGAAGAGGAUGCCCAGAGGGGAGAAGAGUCUUUCCUUUUGGCAGGUUUGCAAUUUAGCUUCCUUUUUCACUAAAUGUGAACAGACCACUUUAGUUUUCUUUCUGGACCUCUGGCAGACUGCAGGGAGCACUGCCUGCCUGUGUGGGGUUCAGAACCGAUGGCAGGCUGUUCCCACCCUAACUCAGCUUACAAGAGGCCCAGGUUCUGAUGAAAGUGAACUCAAGACAGAAGUCUUGACUCAGUGGCCUCUUGCAUCCUUCUCUCCUUUGUCAAUACURCUGUCAAUCUUCACUUAACUCAUCCCUGGAAAAGGGCUAGAGGCUGCUCAGUGGGUGGCUAGGCAAGCCCUCAAAGGUGGCUGGUGUCAGGAGCUGUGGGGUGCCUGCCAAGGGGCCCAGAGGUCUCCCACCAGGGAGCGGCGGGCAGCACCGGUGCCACAUCUUCAGCAUGGUGGGCUGAAUGCCCACAACCCCACCAACACCGUGCCUGAGCGGGACCCGAGGCUGGUGGCAGGGUGGCCCAGGGCCUGCUGCCAAGGUGGCAUGAAGUUUCCCACCUUCGUCCUGGACCCUGCCUUUUGUCCCUUCUCACCCCCUCUCCCUGCCCCAUAUACGCAGUGACCUUCAGUUUUCACUUUUGUAGUCUAAUUCUUUGUAUCACAACAUGAGAAACGUAGUUGCACUCACGAUGCAGACGCCUGUGUGUCCUUUCCUCAUUGUAACAUGUUUUACUCACAAAUAARCUCUUUAAGCAGUUUC